GGUUUUAGAAAUGCCGAGCUUCCCUAGGUUUGGAGAAAAUAAAAAAGAUUACAACGAUACAGGUUGCAACAUAUCAGCUGGAUGGAAUCUGACCGGGAGAGAUUGGGGUUGCUGUGGAAGCUAUGAAGGUUGCUGUAAAAUGGCGUCCAAGCUGUGUUAUUUUCAUGAUAGUAUCUGUCAGUGUUGUCGAUUUGGUUGGUAUAUUUGUGGACCCGAAUGUAAACCAGACAUAGAAUGUUUCUCAACAAUAAAGAAAGGUGAAGGUAAUUUUUCAAAACAAUUUGAAUCAUCUACCGUGAACAAGGCACUUGACCUUUCAACUCCUCCUAGUACAGGUACAAACAAACCAAGCUCACAGAAUGCACUGAACCCUGCAAUCUUAUUAUUUACCAACAGCUGGAGGUCGAAUUUGCACAUUUCUCCAACAGAGAAGACAAAAAUAAUGAAUACGUCAUAUUAUACGUCCAAAAACGUUGGUAGCCAAACUGGACCAACCAGCAACCAAACAUGUAGAAUCCAUGUGGGAAAUGACACGGAAAUACACAGAGACAGAAAUACACAACACAAGUCAUCUGGAACAAAAAAUGAAUUAGAAGUAAGCACAAAUCCUACUUACAACUUCCAGACUUUCAGUAAGGCAACCGAAAAAGUGGAAAAGGAUAUAGGUUUGAUACCUGUGGACGUAAGCUCCAAGCACACUGACAUCACAGAGGGAAGUGGAGAUGUGGAUUGACGUUACAAAAUCAAGUGGAGAAACGAUGUGACAUUAUACAGGAGAAAAGAGGGGGCACGUACUAACCUUACAAAGAAAAUGGAAAAAAGACAAUAGUCUUGUUCUUUUGUAUAAAUGAUUAAAUACAAAAAUCAUUAUCUUUUUUAAACUAUAAAAAUGAUUUUUCAAGGGUGAUCUUAAUUUAAGGUUGCUCUCUGUAAGAUGAUUCUGUUGAAUAUAUGGUUGCGGAGGAGCAAAAUUAAGUGUUUAAAGUUUUGUUUCAGAUCAAGUACACAAAAAAGGAAUGAUAUGUGUGAGUUAAAAAAUAAUAAUAAAUGCAUGUACAUGUAUAUAUUUCAUUUAAUUGAUCUUGAUUAAAUGGCACUGCCAUUUA